GUAUGACAUGAUGCUGUCCUGUUGGAACCACGAUCCUUUGAAAAGGCCUUCCUUCAGGAAACUGGUGGAGAGGACUGAGCUGCUGCUGUCAGAAAAUACCCGUAAUGUGUACCUGACUCUGAGCAGUGCUCCAAAUCAGCCGGAGCAGCAGAGGGCGCCAUCGCGGAGGCUCAGCUCAGUCUGCAGCACCACAGCCCCAACCCAGCCUUUACUGCAAAACACAGCUGACGUCUUCCUGGACUAUGUCUAACACACAC